AUGCAAUGCAUACAAUGCUGCGUUUAUGAUUUGGCUUUCAAACCAGAUGGUUCGGAAUUGCUCGUUGCUGCUGAUACGAAAGUUUUGAUUUAUGACGGUACAGAUGGCACAUUAUUGCAGUCGUUGAAAGGUCAUAAGGAUCUCGUGUAUGCCGUUGCAUUUUCAUAUAAUGGCGAAAAUUUUGCAUCUGGUUCCGCUGACCGUUCCGUUAUUAUAUGGACAGAGCAGCAUGAAGGAACGCUUAAAUAUAUACACAAUGAAGCAAUACAGUGCCUUGCUUUUAGUCCUGCAACAUGCUUUUUGCUUAGCUGUGCCAUCAGUGAUUUCGGGAUAUGGACUCAAUUGGAAAAAAGUGUUAGCAAACAGCGAACAUCAAGCAGGUGCAUUUGUUGCGCAUGGAGUUGUGAUGGUCAACUUUAUGCCAUUGGAAUGUUCGACGGUACUGUAUCUCUGCGUUCCGCAGCGAACAGUAUAGAAAUAAAAAAGAUUGAACGACCUUCUGGUGAACCUGUUUGGGCGAUUGCUUUUGGGGCAGCUCGAAGCACUGCCACUUUUGACGAACUUUUGGUAUUGGUAGAUUGGGCACAAACAGCUUCAUUUUACGAUUUGGAGGGAAAUCAACUUGUUCAAGAAGACAAAAAACUUGGAUAUGAUCCUACAGCAAUAGAAUUUUUUAACUAUGGUCAAUUUUUAAUAAUUUGCGGCUCCAAUCGUCAGGUCACUCUUUAUAGUCGUGAAGGAACAACGCUGGGUACAGUUGCACAGAUGGAUACGUGGGUGUGGACAGUAAAAACUAGACCGAAUACAAACGCAAUUGUUGUUGGUUGCGUGGAUGGUACAUUGGCAUGCUACCAGUUAAUGUUUAGCACUGAGCAAUAUGCUUACCGCGAAAAUAUGACCGAAGUGGUUGUGCAACAUCUCGCAAAAACAUCCAUCAGAAUUUAUUGUAAUGACUUAGUUCGUAAAGUGGCUGUAUACUAUAACCAUCUAGCAGUGCAGCUCAUCGAUCGUAUUGAAAUAUAUCGCCUUAUCGUAGAACGCAAUAAUGGACAAUUGGAAUAUAAAUUGAUUGAGAAAAUAAACCGUGCUUUCGAAUGCUCACUACUUGUGAUCUGCGCUCAUCAUCUGAUACUAUGCCAGGAACGAUGUUUACAAUGCUAUGACCAUAAAGGUCUUAAACAACGGGAAUGGCUACUUGAAUCUCUAAUACGUUAUAUAAAGGUUGUUGGUGGUCCACCGGGACGAGAAGCAAUAUUAAUCGGUCUGCGGAAUGGUGCCGUAUGUAAAAUCUUUGUGGAUAAUCCGUUCAUAACAGAAGUAUUGCGUUUAAAAAGUGCUGUCAGAUGCCUUGAUAUCAGCCAUUUGAGGGAAAAGCUUGCAAUUGUCGAUGAAACUGGAGUUUGUACCACUUUUGAUAUCAAAACCAAACAGCUUCUAUUCCAAGAACCAUCAUGUAACAGUGUUGCAUGGAACGCUGAUCACGAGAAUCUUUUAUGUUACUCUGGUGGUGGUGUAUUGUGCAUUAAAGCUAACAAUUUCUCUUCGCAUCAACAGAGAAUGCAAGGUUUUGUAGUUGGAUUUUCGGGCAAGCGUGUCUUUUGCUUGCAUAUGUUUGCCAUGAUUGCAGUGGAAGUGCCUUUGUCUAAUCAGUUAUACCAGUACCUUGAACAGAAAAUGUACAAGGAAGCAUACGAUUUGGCAUCAUUGGGUGUAACAGAAAGUGAUUGGGAAGUUCUUGGCCACGAUGCUUUACUUAACUUUCAACUUGACAUUGCCCAAAAAGCUUUUCAUAGGAUUAAAGAUGCGCGCUACCUUCAACUGAUCUCCGAAGUCAAAGACAUGAUAAAAAGGGAUGCGAAAAGGGAAUUAAUGCUGGGAUAUAUAAAAGCUUAUGAAGGAAGAUAUCGCGAUGCAGCGAUAUUGUUCCAAAAUACUGGAUGUGAGCAAAAAACGCUAGAAAUGUUCACAGAUUUGCGCAUGUUUGAUCAAGCCCAGGAAUUGUUAUCCUCCGCCUCCGGAGAAACUCAAAAAACCCUGUUGCGAAGGCGUGCUGCUUGGGCACAGAAUUCAAAUGAGCCUAUAAUUGCAGCCGAAAUGUUUGUGGCUUCAGGCGAUUACGAUAAAGCCGUUAAUCUUAUGAUCAAAAAUGACUGGAUUGAUAUGCUGAUCAAGCUCGCACAUCGUAUUGAUCGAAACAACGUUGAUGUAUUACGCACCAUUGGAAAUUAUUUGGCAAAAAAAGAGGAAUACACUCUUGCCUCCCAUUUAUUCCAAUCAAUCAAUGAUAUUCAUGCAUUAUUAAACAUGUACGUCGAUGCGGCGCUAUGGAAUGAUAUAAUAGCAGCAAAGUAUCAAAAAUAUAAUAAAGAAGUUUACCUGCCUUACGCACGUUGGUUAGCAGAAAAUGAUCGUUUUGACGAAGCUCAAAAAGCCUAUCAUAUGGCUGGGCAUGAUGUGGAAGCAUUACAAGUUUUGGAGCAAUUAAUGGGGAAUGCUGUUCGAGAAAACCGUUUCUCUGAUGCUGGCUAUUAUAGUUGGAUGCUAAGCAUGCAAUAUCUGGAGCGGUGCAGCGGUGAUCUUAAAUUGAAUGAAAAAUUUCUGGAUUUUAGUGAUAAAGCAAAUUGCUACUAUGCUUUCGAUGUCAUUCAUAAAUAUCUGGCCGAACCUUUUACGAGCUGUCCAGCCGAUGCUCUAAUCAAUAUUGCACGUUAUUUGGCUUUUCAAAAGGAAAUUUAUAAAAUAUCGCGAGUGUAA